GUAUCUGUGUGUGCGCGCAACAUGAGAGUGGCCAGGCAACAUCCACUGCAUUUGCAAGUAUCGACCCGCACCAACAAUGGCAAGUUCUUGGUCGGUACCAAUAGUAAUCAAGACGUCCAUCAGCCGUCACCGCAGCAACAGCAGCAUCCGACCAGUGACGAGAGCAGCGCGGUGGUGCCAGGUUGCGUCUUUCCGAGCUGCGAGUCAGUGCCUAGCGACCUUCACGGGAGCCCGACUAUACUGGGGGAUCGAUUUCUGCUUCUUGGUCCGGCCGAAGGUAGCGCUCUUUAUCGAUGCGUUGACGUACACAACGAUCAGCAACUCGUCGCCAAGGCGUUGACCGUGGGCGACAAAGGUUGCGAGGCGUUGCUGCAGGCCCACCUUCGUCUGGAGGGCACCGCCGCGGCGAGCGGCGUGGCUGGCGUAAUGGAAGCACCUGGAGGCCGGCGUUAUCUCCUCUUGGAGGGCCAUCACGGUGACCUGCACGCCUACGUAAGGGCACGCAGGAGACUACGCGAGCCCGAAGCAAGGCGACUAUUCCGGCAGGCGGCCAGGGCCGUGGCCACGUGUCAUGAAUACGGGGUCGUGUUGAGGGACCUCAAACUUCGAAAGUUUGUUUUCGCCGAUGAAGCGAGAACGCGGCUUCGCCUGGAAAGCCUCGAGGACGCGGUGAUCGUGGAGAACGACGACGACAAGCUGACCGAUCGGCGCGGCUGUCCGGCGUAUGUCGCGCCGGAAGUGCUGCGCUCCGGACGCGCCUAUUCCGGCAAGGCGGCGGACAUCUGGUCGCUGGGUGUGUUGCUGUACACGAUGCUGGUGGGCCGUUAUCCGUUCAACGACGCCGAGCACGCGUCUCUUUUCGCCAAGAUCUCGCGCGGCUUGUUCGCCGUGCCGGAGGGCCUGAGUCCACGCGCCAAGUGCCUGAUCCGCUCGCUGCUGCGAAAGGAGCCAUCUGAACGGCCAUAUGCUGAGGACGUGUCGCUACACCCGUGGCUGUCGAAGCCGUUGCGAUUAUACACGCCUACGUCCGGCAGCAGGUCCUCAUGCCAGGAUCAAAUCGUACCAGAGCUAUCUAUUAAUCCUCAAGACUGACUCUCUUUCGGGGAAAAAUCAUUAUUCCGCACGUGACGGCAUCGCUCUCUCUCUCUCUCAUCCUAGUGCUUCUCUCGCGUCGACAGCCGGCUGGAGUCCUCCGGCCGAGAGGGGGGAGUCAACGUAAUCAAAAGGAGAAAAAAGAAACGAAGCGAUUUUCUUUUAACACAUUGGCUGUGCCCGUAGAGCAGUAGCAAGUGAGCGGAUUGGCGAAAAGCGCAAAAUAUCUUGUCUAUCAAGAGUCCGAAAAAUACAUAUGCAAAAGAUCGAAUGAAACAACUAUUAUCAAAAGAGCAAUAUUCAAUAAAAAAUACUAUCUUGAAAAAGAUUCGUAAAAAUUGAGAAAUAUAUGUAUAUCUUGGCAAUGAAUGUGUUAAUGGCAGCUACUUUUACACACUUCGUUCAUAGAAGUGUGGGUCGCACAAUCUUCAACUUGGGUUAAAGACCCACACCGAUCCUUGCAUCGUGGAGAGACGUGUGAAUAAAUUCGGCUGAAAGUCCUCCUCUUUUCGUCGGUCGAGGGACGACCUAGAAUAAGCUUCGAAGAUAGAGCGUACUAAUAUGAGAAGAGUAAUCAUUCUCGAUGGAAUUUUUACAUAGAGGAGAAUAACCAAAGUCUCUAUCCUGAAUACAAUGCCCUGGAUUAUUUUCCUCGUUUACAGCUUUGGCCUGCGAGUUCGAAAGGUCGAAGUCGAAACCUUGAAUAAGAUGAUAUUAUGUCUCUCAUUAUAUAAAGAUAAGCUCACUCUAGUCCAGAGACGACUCGCGGUUGAAGCGUCGAACAGAGAAAGUAAUUGAGGGGAUCCUAAAUAUAAAAUAAAAUAGCGUCUCGAUUUUGGUCAUUCUCUGCUGUCAAUUUCGGAGGCAAUGUGACGCAAGUGAUUAGUCUCUAAAAGAAACUCUUUAUCGGCUAUAUAGAAUCCUAGAUUCAAAAAAAACAUUGCCAUUACCGGUCCAAGAAAUAUUUUACCUUGUUGCGUACAGACAUAUUCGCGCGCGCGCGUACGCACGAAUUUCUUGUGAUAGAAUCCGACAGAUUCUGAGCGACAUGUGAUACGAAAUAUACAGGUUCUUUCAUAAACGUUAUGCGGUUACUUGCGGUCAUCUGUCUCUGAAGUCCAAUGUACAUUAAUUAACGUAAACGAUCGAAUUUGAUGUUUGUAUUGUGCGUUAGACAUACAUCCUCGAUUUUCUCGAUAUUUUGCGUUACACUGCGUUAAUUUGCUGUAUACACGAGUAAACAGUUAUGUAAAUACAAGUGAGGGACAUGGAACUUAAUAGUAAGUUCAAGUACAACCGGUGAGCUUUGUAUAGUAUAAUGUAUAGUAUAAAGCGAUGAAUAUAUAUGAAUGGGAUCAAAGAUUGAGUCGGAUGCAAAGUUAAAAAUUACGCAAAAGAGAAAAUAUAAUAAUUCAGCACAAGAAGAUAAAUCGUAAUGACGACCAAACGUUUACUAGAACAGGUCGAACGAAUUUCUAAUUUCAAAUCCGACUCAUUCUUCCUGCAUGCCCGUUUACUUGUCAUUAUAUCACGGAGUCAAUCAAAUAUACUAGGCGAACAUAUUCAAGAAGAGGAAAUUGCUCGUUUGAGCGCAAUAAAACUUCAUUCUCCGACCUAAAAACAUUGCCUAAAAAGUUCAAGACUGCUUGGACGUGUGGCCUAUACAAUUAACUUUAUUAGAAAAAAAUGCAAAAUACGUUGCACAGUGAAGAUUUCUAACUUAAGAACAAUAAAAGAAUACGCUUCUGGAUUACUCGCACGACGGAGUAUCCAUGAAUAUAUAAAUGUGUUCAUCAAUGGCAAUGUUUUCAGGUAGAAGUAACUAUCUAAUGAAUCAAAGAUUUAUUCUCUUCUGACAUCGACUUCUAAAGUUAUCGCUUACGCGACGUAUGUACGGCUCACUAGGUUCCGAUUUUAAACGAAGCGAACGAUCGACAUUUUCUUUAAUCAGUUUGAGCACAUGAGGCUGUGCGUCCCAUUUAAAAAAUUUUUCUCUUGAAUAAGACUCUCCGAUCGAUAUAAAACUACGAAUAAUUCUCGACUACUUUCAGUAGACACUUUUGUCAUCGCAAGUCAAUUAUGAAAAUAAAAUUCCAAAGCAAACAUUAACAUUCUUAUUUGCAUCAAUGCUAGGUAACGUGAUAUUUUCAUAAAAUUAUUUUUCUCUUCGUAUUGUGGUGGAUUUAAUAAUAUCGUAAUUACUUUAGUAUUGAUAUUAAAUAAAGGAACACCGACGCUGCAGUUGUCGGUAGACAUGUCCAAAAUAAUACUCUUGAAAUGUUUAAUUCAAGAAGUUUAAAACUAGUAAUCGAGAUUAAAAUCGCCAUCUUCUAUAGACGAGACUAAUCCGAAAUAGUACCUCUUUAUCCUUUUUAAAUGAUAAAAUAGUUGCGAGGAGAGAAACCAAGUUUAUAAAUAUCGUAUCAAAUAAUUUCAGAAUCGAAAUUUGAUUCCGAUGAACCACAAUGCAUUGGUUUAGAUAUAUAUAUUCCAGACAAUUUUUUAUUCAAUUUGGAAGGAAAUUUUUAUGUGUGCUUUCCAAUUAUAAAUUCACUAGACAUCCUUUCAUGCAUACGAUGACACAAAUUGCGUUCUAAUGUCGUAAUCGUUGACACAACAACUCUACCAAUCAGCUGUGUAAGUUUGUAUUUUCUCGUGACGAUUACAGAGAUACGUUUCAAAACUCUGUCAAUCCGAAUAUCAUUUUAUCCUUGUUCACCGAAUAUUGAACAAGGAUAACAGAUAUUUAGAGUUGACAGAGUCGAGUUUUAGAACGCAUUUGAAGUUACUAAUCGCGAUAGUCGGUAGAUGAGAUUGGAGGACGUUGGGUGGCUGGCAUUUUUGCUUUUUUCAUUCAAUACAGAUGGAAAAAGCUACAUUUAUUAUAACUCAACUAUUCGAAACCGUGCACAACGUACACAUUUUGUUGUAAUUAAGUCUUACACAAUGUUACAUUUACUACAUUUUUGUUUACGUUUGUGUUAAUCAAUUGGAAAGCAUCCUGUGAUAAACGACUGCGGAUUACCAAACUGCUUGUUUCACGAAACAUCGGGAUUUCGGGGAACUAGACAGGAAAAUCGCGGGAUUGUUGAAGCACAGUUCAGCCUCAUGUGAAACAACUUGAAUCGAAUCCGUGUCGGACAACGAGGACAUUUCGUAGCUCGUCGAAAUCUUUGUGGUUUCGGCAUCGAAAUUGAAGAACGAAAAGCUCCGCACACGACGGGUUUGUCGAUCAGGACUGCGACCCGAUCCUUAUCUCGAUCCCUCGCGUUCGACAAAAGUACCAUGUGUUCUUGUAUUUAAAGAUACCUGUCUACCUAUCUACACGAAUUUUUUUGUAAUUUCCGCGAGAGAGAGAGUGAGAGAGAGAGAGAGAGAGAGAGAGAGAGAGAGAGAGAGAGAGAGAGAGAGAGAGACUCCUCUUUUCCUUUUUAUUUUAUAAUAUUCGCACACCGCAAUGGGGCACGGUACCCCAGACGCGGCACUAAGAUUCCUCUUCGUAUCGUUCUCAGUCAGGGUACAAAACGCCGCGCGCAUCCAUCGACGUUCAAUUUGUACAUAAGUUCGACGCGAUUAAAUCCUAUUGUAUUCAAUCAGUGUCUAGGUACGUUUAAGGGAAUUUCGUUUCUGUACAUAGAUAAAAUAAAG